UUCAUGAAUGGCGCUAGUUCACAACCUGUCGUCAGUACACCAAUAAAAUUAAUUAUUUAAAUGUUUGAAAAUGUUAGAUCAAACCAAUUAUAAUAACAGUGACGAACCACUUAGAUAGUGUUGUGAUAUACAAUAAUAAUAUAACACUCUAAAUUUAUUGACAAUAAAAAAUAUACACGAUGUCGAGCAGUCCAUUCCCAUAUACUUGUGAGCUAUGCGGCGCAGAGGGUUUAACGGACGAAGGAAUGAGAUCUCACACUCUGGAAGCCCACGUGGCAGGGCGUCCAGAUUGUCCUUUCUGCAACUGUACUGUCCCCCAACCCCAGCUUGUGGGACACGUGCAACGUGCUCAUUUACACUAUUUAACACCGGAGAGAGAAUUAAUGGCGUUUAUAGAUGACCAAAGUCCUAGCUUUGAUGAGGACUCUAAAAUGACAACAACAGACAGUUGCAGCUAUAAUACCCCAGGGUCAAUAAACGGAUGGCACAGUCCAGAUACAGCUACAUCAUACCACAACGGUGCCAUAUCAAAAAACACAUAUUACAACGGUUUCCAAGAGAAAGACUAUAAGAGUGAAAGAGACGACGAUAAAUACUCUAGGUCACCUAAAAACAUCAAUCUCACUAAUGGACUAAAGAAUAUUAAUAUCAAUAAUGGAGUUAUAUCAAAAAAAAAAUGCAGUAGGGAGAAUUCUAUCGAACGAGAUAUGAUCAACGGUCGGGAUAACAAAGCUAUUCAUUCGAGCUCAAAUCAUAAUAGCAAUGAUAAUUCACCUAAUAAAUCAAAGCUAUCGAUGGCAAGUGCAGGUCAAGGUUCGCCUCUUCGAUCACAACUGGCCCUUAAACUUAAAUCGAAUACACCUAAAAAAUCUGCACCCACACCAAGCCCUACUGUGCAGUGUCUUUUGUGCGAUUUUACAUCAACAUGUCCGAGAAAAUUAGAAGAACAUAUAAACAGAGCUCAUUUCGACCUCACAUCACCUUCUAUUUUGGGAAAUGCGAAUGAUAAUUCCAAUACACCUAAUAACGCGACCCUUGGGCUGAGUAACGCGACGGUAAUACUUAACAACCCGACUUUGGCGCUGUCCGCAAUGGCCAUGUCCCCUGGACCACAUACCUCGUCAUAUCAGUGCCCUAUUUGUGAAAGAGAGUUCUCUAAUGGCACAGAAGUUGAGGUUCAUGUAAAUGUAGAACAUCGGGAUAUUUUGAGUCCACAGAAAUCGGACCAAGUGGAUAAUGCAUCUUGUGAUGAUGUGGUAAUGGUGGAAGAAAGUCCAGUGAGUAACUGUCCUGUAUGCUGCCAGCCUUUGCCUCUAUCUCAACAUGAGUUGAUUCAGCAUAUAGAAGAACACUUUGAAAGAGGAGAAGAGAGCGCCUCCUCAACAAUUACAGCUGCCGAAAAAGAAGCUCAGAAGAACAGAGAGGAACAUGAAUUCCAAUUGCUCAGGGCCCAAUAUGGAAUGGAAGAAGAUGAGGAAGGCUACACAAGUCGAGCUGCCAGCAGUCUCAAGCGUGCUGUGUAUAGUGGAGCUUUAUCAGUUGCGGGAUACUAUGAACGUAGUGUCGGUCUGCGUAAAGCCAGCGCUCAAGGUCUCGAUGCAGGAUGUUCUAAAACGAAUGGUAUUUUAGAAAGGAUAGCUCAACUGAAUGCCCAGAAUCCGAGCAUAGUUAAGACGUACUUAUGCAGCGCUGUGGAUCACUAUGCCAGCACAUAUGGAGACAGGGGUUGGGGGUGCGGUUACAGGAACAUGCAAAUGGUGCUAUCAUCGUUAGUACGUCACCCGCCAUACGCAGCGCUGUUAAGCGGCGUCACGGAGAAGGAGUGCGACUGUGUGCCCUCCAUACCUAGUCUGCAGCUUUUAGUGGAAAGAGCUUGGCAGCUGGGGUUCGAUACUCAGGGCUCAGAACAGCUGGGCUGUAAAUUACACAAUACACGCAAGUGGAUCGGUGCUUGUGAAGUUGUUACAGUACUCUCGUCACUUAGGAUACGAUGCCAGCUGAUAGAUUUCCACAAACCGACAGCGGCCGAUGGUAGCCAUCCUGCACUGUUUGACUGGGUGCUGAGGUACUUUCAGAAUGAACCGAACGCCUUCAAGCCGCCUCUCUACCUGCAGCAUCAAGGUCACUCCAGAACGAUAAUAGGCUACGAGAAGCACAAAGACGGCAAGGCGACGCUGCUCGUGCUGGAUCCAUCGCACUCACCGGCUCAGGUGCGGCAGGCGGUGUGCGGGUCGGAGGGCGCGCUGCGGCUGCUGCGUCGCGGCGCGUGCGCGCUGCGGGCGCGGCAGUACCAGCUGCUGUGCGUGCGCGGCCUGCUGCAGGACGACCGCGACUACCAGGCCAGCAAGGUCCUGCAGUCGGUGCGUAUCCCAUAGUGCCGGUCGGGGCUCCGACGCCGUCUCGACGGCAGCAGAGUACGAAAGGCUAGUGUUAUUAAAAGAAAUUUCGUUAUCCGUAUAUAUAUAUGUUCAUAUUUAUCCAAACUAGUUCUUAAAACUUUAUCAAAUAAUAUUCUAGUCCUAAUUUAUUAUUGUCUAUGAAAUGUCAUCGCUGAUCUUACAAUGCAGUCGGUCAUAAACAAAACUCAAAAUAAACAACAAUAAUAUAUUCAGUGUUA